GACAGUGAAAACAAAACCAAAGAACUGCAACUUCAUAAGUGAGACCUGCGCAUAGUACUUUUCUCGGUGAAGUUGGGACAUAUUCAUCGGUAUAAAAAAACAUAUAAAAUGGAAUCUGGUGCUUAUGGGGCCUCGCUGUCUGGAGGUGCCUUCGAUUUUAUGAGCUUUAUUAAACAACCUCAAACCAUAGUCCGCAUCUUGAGCUGGGUGAGUGAUUUCCGCUAGGUUGAAAGCCAGCGUGCUAACUGUCUAACUAGCAACCAUAGCUAGCUGUCUGAUUAACUACAGUACACAUCACAAUUGUAUUGUAUUUUUAUGGAAAAGCUUUGCGCGUCAAGGCAAGAAGGCAAAACAUCUGCAAGAGUUGUUGACUUAUUUUCUAGUUUGUGAUGUUGUAGCAGUUGUGGAAAAGUUGCCAAUGACACUUGGCUAAUGCUAGCUAACUAGCAGGCUUUCCAGCUGUGUUCUAGCAGGGAACAUUUCCUCGUGACCAGAUUAGCUGUGUCAACCAAACUAAGCGUUUUGCCACCUGUUGAUGAUGUUAGUUGUAAACCUGCCAAAGGCCAAUUUUUGAGUUACAUAUGUCAGUAGUUUGCUGCUGUAACGUUAGCUCGCAGCCAUGACGUGGAAGAAGUUCGUUAAACUACUAUCUGAUCAACUGUCAGUCUGACAGAUCCACCACACGACGGUCAUCCCAUGAACUUCCUUACACCUGUAACAGUUUUGCAAGGAUAGCUGUGAUGACAAUUUGUUUGUAUGCAAUUAGCUAUAUUAUUAUAAGACAGACAAUGUGUUUAGUUCAAUGGGGAAAACAUAUUAAUUGAUGUUGCAAUACAGUUCGAUGUCAAGAGGAGAUGGCUAUUGGAUGCACUGAGCUAGCUAAGAUGAAGCCCGUAUGGAAAAGUCCCAUUUGGAUUCCCAUCGGAAAUCAUCAUGGGAUACAGGUCAUGGAACCCCAGUUUGGGUGUUUUCACUUAAAAACCCUUUGGGGCAACCGCGAGCUGUCUCAACGCAAAUGCUACUGCUCAGUUCACUUGCCCAGGCAAUAGGCCAACCCUUAAUGUCAACCCCUGUUAUAGAAAAGUAUACAAUACUAUCUGUUUUUGAUGUUGGUCUAGGGCACCCAUGAGAUCUGUUUGUUUCUGCUAACAUUCCAAUACUCUGUGCCAUAUGCCAAACAUGACACAGCAGCACAAAACGGGUCUGGAUUUCAAGCUACACAUGAGACACCCAUGUCGUAAGCUGUCCAACAGUGGCAUGUAUUCAUGGAUGCUAAGGGAAGCCAGGCUUCCCCAAAAAAUUGACCAAGAAACAAAGAAAAUAAUUUAUCUUUCGUCUCUCUCACAAUUUUCAUUCAAUUCGUAAGUGGCUAAAUGUAUCUCACCAGAGAAAGCAUCCUCCCGAGUGGCACAGUGGUCUAAGGCGCUUACGAAUUGAAUGAAAAUUGUGCCACUAGAGAUCCUGGUUCGAAUCCAGGCUUUGUCGUAGCCGGCCGCGACCGGGAGACCCAUGGGGCGGCGCACAAUUGGCCCAGUGUCGUCCAGGGUAUGGGGAGGGAAUGGCCGGCAGGGAUGUAGCUCAGUUGGUAGAGCAUGGCGUUAGCAACGCCAGGGUUGUGGGUUCAAUUCCCACGGGGCGCCAGUGUGAAAAAUUAAUGACUAAAAUGUAGGCCAUCUAUAUGAUGCUGUCUGGUCAAAAAGAGUAUUACAUUGUUGCCGGCCAUAUCAUUGAAUGCAAGGUAAUAAAAUAAAGUAAUAGUCAAUCAGCAUUGAGCUCAACUGUGAAUGGUCCUGGCACACGCAAGGGAAGCCAGUUUGGAUUUGGCUUCACACUAACCAAAAGUAAUUGACAGAAAAAAAACUUGAAUUGUUGCAAGUCGUUGUGCCGUUGUCCUCCGGUGGCUAGCUAGCUAAAAUAAUCCCUUUCCUAAAUUAGCCAUGGAUGGAAAUAGGGAUUUGGACUUGUGGCUUUCUCCGUACUGGCCAAUGAUUAUAACAGUGAUUCUGAACCAAAUAUUUGUUACCCCUUUUUCAUGAUAUCCAAUUGGUAGUUACAGUCUUGUCCCAUCGCUGCAACUCCCGUACGGACUCUGGAGAGGCGAAGGUCGAGAGCCACGCGUCCUCUGAAACACGAACCUGCCAAGCCGCACUGCUUCUUGUCACACUGCUCGCUUAACCCGGAAGCCACACCAAUGUGUCGGAGGAAACACUUUACAACUGGCGACCGAAGUCAGUGUGCAUUCGCCCAGCACGCCACAGGAGUCGCUAGAGCGCGAUGGGUCAAGGACAUCCCGGCCGGCCAAACCCUCCCCUAACCCCAACGACGCUGGGCCAAUUAUGCGCCUCCUCAUGGGUCUCCCGGUCACGGCCGGCUGCAACACAGGCUGGGAUCGAACCCGGGUCUGUAGUGAUGCCUCUAGCACUGCGAUGCAGUGCCUUAGACCGCUGCGCCAUUCGGGAGGCCGGUAAUUCUGAUCUAACCAUAAAUUCAUACAUUGUGCCCCUGGCCUGAGAGGAUGGAAGUUCCACAUAAUGCUGUCCACAUCCACUACAGGUCGGCUUCAUAACGCUGUCCACAUCCACUACAGGUCGGCUUCACAAUGCUGUCCACAUCCACUACAGGUCGGCUUCACAAUGCUGUCCACAUCCACUACAGGUUGGCUUCAUAAGGCUGGCCACAUCCACUACAGGUCGGCUUCAUAAUGCUGCCCACAUCCACUACAGGUCGGCUUCAUAAUGCUGCCCACAUCCACUACAGGUCGGCUUCAUAAGGCUGUCCACAUCCACUACAGGUCGGCUUCAUAAUGCUGCCCACAUCCACUACAGGUCGGCUUCAUAAGGCUGUCCACAUCCGCUAAAGGUUGGCUUCAUAAAGCGUUAGGUCAAAGCCUGUGCAGAGCCGCCAUGUUGGUGUGGAGUGCAUGACAUUAAACCCCUGGGCCAGAGCCCCAGAUAUCAGCCACUUAGGGGACCACACACACACAAAACUACUCCCACGUUUUUCAAUGAUGAUCCAAGUUAAAAAAAUAAAUAAUAAUAAGUGCACAACUGAUCACGUUUCUCCUAUAUUCACCUUGAAACACUUUACAACUGGCGACCGAAGUCAGUGUGCAUUCGCCCAGCACGCCACAGGAGUCGCUAGAGCGCGAUGGGACAAGGACAUCCCGGCCGGCCAAACCCUCCCCUAACCCCAACGACGCUGGGCCAAUUAUGCGCCUCCUCAUGGGUCUCCUGGUCACGGCCGGCUGCAACACAGGCUGGGAUCGAACCCGGGUCUGUAGUGAUGCUGGUAGAGCACGGCGCUUGUAACGCUAAGGUAGUGGGUUCGAUCCCCGGGACCACCCAUACACAAAAAAUGUAUGCACGCAUGACUGUAAGUCGCUUUGGAUAAAAGCGUCUGCUAAAUGGCAUAUUUAAAUUAAAUUAUUUUUUGAUGAAAGUUAAACAUUUCACUGUACUUGUGCAUGUGACAAUAAAACUUGAACUCGAACACACUCCCCCUGAAGUUAUCCUCUACCGUUACCCAUCCCUCCAGACAUUACCUUUCAUGUUUUUUCCCCCAGGGCAUACUGUAAUUUUGUAUUUCACCAUGUGAUUGGUUACAGGUUUUCUAACUAACACUGUGCUACACCUAGUACAACGUGUCUUAUAUGAUAAUAAGAUUAUAGGCCUAUGUGACGGACCCCAAGGUGUUCUAACAGACAUGUUUUUGUAUUUUCAGCUCUUUUCCAUAGUGGUGUUUGCGACGAUCACUGGAGAAGGCUAUGUCAACCCUCCGAACAAACCUGACGCCGAAUGCAUGUUCAACGGGAAUGAUAGCGCCUGCGGCUUCGGAGUGGGUAUCGGAAUUUUGGCCUUUCUCGCCUGCGUCAUCUUCAUCGUUCUGGACGCCUACUUCCCUCAGAUCAGCAACGCUAAAGAGAGGAAGAACAUUGUCACUGGCGAUUUGAUCUUCUCCGGUUAGGGGGAUUUUUUUGGUGAUACUUCCAAUGCUAAAUCUGUAAGGCUGUAGUUUGGCACCCAGAACUGACACUUCUGGUCAGAUUUUUUAACGAUAAUCUUGCCAACACUUCCUAUGAAUAGCCUAGCUUCCUAAUAAUGCAUUACAAACAGGUUUAUAAUGCCUUAUAUGCCAUGCAUAAUUCACUAUACUUAACGACAUAGGUACUAAAGGUGCACUGCUUAUAAACAUCUAUAACUACACUCAUAGUGUUGUGCAUUGUAAUGCAUUACGCAUUGCUCAUAAGGCGUUAUAAAUGCACUUAUAAUGCAAUAUGAAGCGGGUAUUCGUAGGAAGUGUUAACAUAACCUUUACUUUCCCUCCUCUGUCUCCUGUCAGGAGUGUGGACGUUGUUCUGGUUCAUCUGCUUCUGUGUCCUGGCCAAUCAGUGGUCUCACACCACCAAAGCAGUAGAGAUCUCUGCCGACGCCGCCCGAGCUGUAGUGGCCUUCUCCUUCUUCUCCAUUGUCACUUGGGUGAGCUGCUCUCUAUCCCUCUUUCUCUCUCCCCCCUCUCUUUCUCUAUUGCUCUCUCUCUCUAUCCCUCUUUCUCUCCUCUCUCUCUAUAUCCCUCUUUCUCUCCUCUCUUUCUCUAUUGCUCUCUCUCUCUUUUGCUCUCUCUGUCUCUCUCUAUUUGAAACUGCUAGCUGGAGCUCGUCUGAGCGGUUGGCAGUGAACCCGCUAGUAAUUAAUGCUGAUUGUUAGGGUUGUGUCUCGCUACAGGCUGUCAGGCAAGAACAAGGCAGAUGUGUCCAUAUCCAGAGGUUUACUAUCUCUUGGUCACCACCACACACACACACACACACACAACAUAGAAGUAAUCUUUGUGGUUCUAUAAGGAAGGAGAAUACAUGUACAAAUUAACAGUGAUAAUACAGCUAUACAUUUGGAACUGUACCUAGCUUAGAUACUGUAGCAUAGCAUUUCAGACACAUUCACAUAUAACUACAGAGAGAGGCUAAUCACUGAUGAGGCUGCCAGUCAGGAUUCAUUACUCUGUCUCUUGUCCAGCUAUCAAGUGUGCAUGCGGCAGCACACCAGGCAUUCUAGAAUAUUCUACUUAGCUUACACAUAGCACUCUCUGGCAGUAAUUGUAACAUGCACAUAAUGCUCUACAUCUGCAUUGCUUGCUGUUUGGGGUUUUAGGCUGGGUUUCUGUAUAAGCACUUUGUGACACGUUAUGGGAUUUAAAAAAACGUAUUUACCAAUCUUUCCUCUCUCACAGGCUCUAUUGACUACAUUUGCUCAUACAAGAUACCGCCAAGGAGUGAGUGACAUUGACCUGGGCUACACAGACCCAGCCAAUGACUACAGCACCCCUUACCCAGCCACCUCCGCCUAUCCCGCAUACCCCACCAGUGGGCCAGAGGGCUACCAGCAGUCCCCUUUCACCCCCCAAAACCAAGAGCAUCCAGCACCAUACCAGCCCCCGUCUUACUGA